AUGUUACAAACGAUUGCUUUCCGGCUUCAGUACGCGAAUGAUCGCUUCUCUGUAGGAAGCCCCCCUAUCCUACAACAUUUCUCUAUCUCUUUCUUUCUUCUUUUCUUUCUUUCUUCGUAUUUCCCCAUUCAUUCUUUCUUUCUUUCUUUCUUUCUUUCUUUCUUUCUUUCGCGUUCCUUCUUUCGUUCUUUCUUUCGUCACUCAUUUUUUCUUUCUUUCUUUUAUUUUCUGACUUUUUUUUCUCUAUUUCUUUCUUCGUAUUUCCCGAUCUUUCUUUCUUUUUAUUUCCCCACUCUUUCUUACUUUCUUUUAUUUUCGAACUCAUUCUUACUUUUUUUUAUUUCCGAACUCUUUCUUUCUUUCUUUCUUUCUUUCUUUCUUUCUUUCUUUCUUAUUUUUUCCUUUUAUUUCCUAACUUUUUCUUUCUUUCUUUAUUUCUUUCUUAAUAUUCCCUACCGCUUCUUUCUUUCUUUUAUUUCCACCACCUCUUUCUUUCUUUCUUUUUCCUUUAUUUCUUUCUUUCUUUUUCUUUUAUUUCUUUCUUUCUUUUACUUUCCCCACAUCUUCUUUCUUCCAUUCUUUCUUUCUUUCUUUUAUUUUCCUUACCUCUUCUUUCUUUCUUUCUUUUAUUUUCCCAAACUCUCCUUUCUUUCUUUCUUUCUUUUAUUUUCCCCACAUCUUCUUUCUUUCUAUCUUUUAUUUUCCUCACAUCUUCUUUCAUUCUUUCUUUCGUUUUUCUUCCAUUCUUUCUUUCGUUUUUCUUCCAUUCUUUCUUUCUUUCUUUUAUUUCCCCCACCUCUUCUUUCUUUCUUUCUUUCUUUCUUUCUUUCUUUCUUUCUUUCUUUCUUUCUUUCUUUCUCGCAACCUCUUCUUUCUUUCUUUCUUUCUUUCUUUCUUUCUUUCUUUCUUUCUUUCUUUCUUUUAUUUAUAAGGUACUUCUUUCUUUCUUUCUUUCUUUCUUUCUUUCUUUCUUUCUUUCUUUCCCGUAACCUACAAUUAUUGUUUAUUUACUCUUUUCUUUCUUUAUUUUUUUCUUUGUUACUUUCUUGUUUAUUUUAUUUUUCUUAUUUGUCUUUGUCAGCGUUAACUUACAACAUUUCUUUCUUUCUUUCUUUCUUUCUUUCUUUCUUUCUUUCUUUAGAUUUCCCAACUUUUCUAUCUUUCUUUCUUUCUUUCUAUUUUCCCAUAUAUUUUCCUGCUCUCUAA